GCAUGGCGUGGUCUGGCUGAUAGCUUUCGUUGGGAUCGUGCAGUAUCUGCGGUUGCAGGUGACGCGGAAAUACGAGCCAAUGUGUUCAAAUCAAUGAUGCUGAAUUCUCUAUCUUUGAUCUCUAUAUACGCUUUCGACUUCUUGCUCCAGCCGCUAGUACGAGAUCAGCAGAAGUGGCUUCAUCGAAACGUCGGGUGGUUCUAUCAGCUUCUGUGGCUUUUCCCUGUCGUUAGCAUGUCUUUGUAUCUCAACAGCUCUUGGUGUACAACAAUUGCCCGUCGGACCUAUACGAUUCAACAUGGACAUCGUGCUCUUGCUCAUCAGACGAGUAGUACAUAUACUGGAAUGCUCACAGCUAUCGCGACGUCUGCAUAUAGAGCUGUGAUGGUAUUCACGUCAGUUGUUGUGUCCUUUGCCUUAGGAUACGUUCCUUACGUGGGGCCUGUCGUCGGAUUCUUGUUUCUCUGCUGGGUGGAUUCCUAUUAUUGCUUCGAAUUCGUUUGGAUUGCGCGGGGUAUGUCUCUCUCUCGAAGAAUACGAUACCUUGAAGAACGCUGGGCAUAUUUUCUGGCUUUCGGACUUCCCUCCGCCGGUCUCUGUACAUUUGGUAGUGGCCUCGCUAACGCUGCACUCUUCGCAUUGAUAUUUCCCGCUUUUAUCAUUAUGGCGAUGCAUGCUACUCCAGUCCCAGUCGAUCCAUACAGUCCCGUCAGCAACACGACCAAGUCACGAAGCACCAGCGAUCAUACCGACACUAUCAGGCAUCCAUCACCCUUCGUGCCGAUACGUUUACCCGUUUUUGCCAUAGUCCUAUUCAUCAACGAUGCUAUUGUAAGGGUCUUAAGUGUGGGAGGCCAACCCACGGGACGCAGUAGAGCAUUCAGUGACGCAACGGAGAAUGCUGAAGAGGGAACGAUGGAAAUGAAUACCUUUAGCUCCCCCUCACAGCCAACUCGGCGGUUCAAAAUUAGCUCCCGGAAACAGGACUGA